UCCCUUCUGUGGGGUCAUCUGAAGAGAAACAGGAAAAGAAACCAGAAGCUGCCUCUAUAUAAGGGUCUGUGGCACCUCGUUAGAAGGCCGAGGGAGAGGUGGACUGCAGUCCCGCAUCAAACCCUCUGACACGCUGAAGGUUCCAUGGCAACCAUGAGCGCAGCCACUGAGAAAUCCUUGGAGAGCCGUCUCCAGCAGCUAAAAUGUCAUUUCACGUGGAACCUGAUGGCAGGAGAUGAGUCCGUGGAUGAGUUUGAGGACAGGGUGUUUAACAAGGAUGAGUUUCAGAACAGUGAAUGUAAAGCCACCAUGUGCAACAUACGGGCCUACGUUAAGCACCGCAGAGGCCUACAUGAGGAAGCCCUGACGUGCUUAAGGGAAGCUGAAGACUUCAUCCAGCAACAGCAUCCUGACCAGGUAGAAAUCAGAAGUCUGGUCACCUGGGGAAACUACGCCUGGGUUUACUACCACAUGGGCCAACUCCCGAAAGCUCAGGCUUAUCUUGACAAGGUGAGACAGGUCUGCGAGAAGUUCUCCAAUCCCUACAGGAUUGAGAGUCCCGAGCUUGACUGCGAGGAGGGGUGGGCCUUCUUAAAGUGCACCAAGAACCAAAAUGAGAGAGUGAAGGUGUGCUUUGAGAAGGCUCGGGAAAAGGACCCGAAGAACCCAGAAUUCACCUCCGGGUGGGCCAUUGCGAACUACCGUCUGGACGACUGGCCUGCCUCAAAUGACUCCACUGACUUUCUGAAGCAAGCAGUUAGUCUGUCUCCAGACAACGCUUAUGUUAAAGUCCUCUUGGCGCUGAAGCUUGAGAAGAUGCAUGAAAAUCAAGGAAAGGAACUCGUUGAAGAAGCCUUAAAGAAAGACCCAAGGGUGACAGAUAUACUGCUCAGUGCAGCCAAGUAUUAUUACAAGACACAUGAGGAAGACAGAGCUAUACAGUUGUUAAGAGAGGCUUUAGAAUCCCUCCCAGACAACGCCUAUGUACAUUACCAUCUUGGGUGCUGCUAUAGGUCAAAAGUCCAACAAAUGAUAAACACUGGAGAAAUUGCACUGAACAGAGGUAGAGAGAAGUUUGAGGAACUAAUAAAAGCAGCACUGAAACACUUAAGAAAAGCAGAGGAAAUCAAGGAGAUGCUUGACAAUUCCUGUAGCUAUAUUGCUGGUCUUUAUGUCCUAAUAAGACAGUAUAAAAUAGCCGAUUAUUACUACCAGAAAGAAUUAAAAAAGGAGCUCACUCCUGGCUGUAAACAGUUGCUUCACCUACGGUAUGGCAAUUUUCAGUUUUAUCAAAUGGAGUGUGAAGCCCAGGCCAUCCACCAUUACAUGGAGGGUGUGAAAAUAAAGCGGGAAACAAAGCCAAAAGAAAAGAUGAAAAGCAAACUUGAAAAAAUUGCCCUAAGACGGCUUUCUAAAGAUGAAUAUGAUUCUGAGGCCUUGAGCAUCUUGGUGUUUCUUCAAGAGCUGAAAGGAGAAAGCCAGCAAGCUGGUAAAGACUCUGAGACAAUCCAUGUCCCCUCAGCAUCUGUGGUUGAGCAGGAGAUGAAUACUAGUGACACGGUACCUACAGGAUUACCGCUAGAAGGAAACUGAAAACCAUCCCUAAGCUGCCACUCAAGAUAUCUAACAACUUCACAGAAUAAAUAUGGACUAACGAACUGACGACCACAUCUGUCAGGAUUAUUGGGAACCCUGCUUUCAGAUGCUAUGACUUGAAUAGCUAGAUCAAGGGGUGGUCAGAGAGAGGGACCAGAUGGAGACACAGAAACAAGGUUUUGGCAGAGCCUAGAGUUCUUUCCUAUUUCCUGAAAACAGUUUCCAUGGUAGCAAUUCUUUAAUCACCCUCAGCAGAGGCUUGCCUUGGAAUUGUUUCUGUAUUCAUGAAAAGCAGCCAAAUUCCUCACCUGGGCAAGUUUUCCAUCAUGAAUUAUUUUAGAUAUUGCACAGCCCUGUUCUCCACAGAUAACAAUGUCUGACCCUGAGGAGCCAGGUAGUGAUUUUGCUUUAUUGAAUAAUUUUGAAAGCUACAAAAUAAUGGUCACCAUUAAUUGAGCUCAAAAUAGAAACUCAAUAGUGAGUUCCUGGUCUAAAAAUGAACAAUAACGAAAGCUGUGGGGCCAAAUCAUUCCUCAGUCUACAGUGUCCCAUAAACACGAGUUCAAUUGUUCCAUUAACUCAGAUGGCAACGGAAUUCAAAAAACUGAGAAGAGGGGAAGUUAAAAGGGCAAAUGAAUAUUCAGGCAACCACAAUGCCAGAGUUUCAGGAGGUGAGUGGGGAGACUUCCGCCCCCCUACUCAGCUCUCCCUAUGAUUAUGAUGUUGCAUGAAAAUAAGGGGGAUUCUGUCGAGCACAGUGACAGUUCAUAUAAACAUUCCUUUUAAACUUGUGGAAACUCCAGUGGUGAUGAAGGGAAGGCUGGCUUAUCCUCGGUGAUUAUAAACUCACAGGGAGAAAUGCUAUAAGGAACCGGUAUUACAGAUGCCAAAAGGCAGCUGAUGGAAGAACAGCUUGGUGACUAAGGGCCUGGUGGAGGGAGUUAGAAAAAGCUGUGGGUAUUGGAGGUUGAGUUUUUAUGUCCAUUAGUUAUGUUGCCCGCUAAGGGAUAUAAUACUUCUUUUUUAACACAGAAAAAAAAUCUACAGGAAUGUCACAAAAUUGAUAAUUGGCAUAUCCUAGGCGAACUACCGUCUAGAUCUUGAAGGGCCUAAGCAUUAUUAAGGUUAGUGUGAACAAACAUUGAGUCAAGUGGCCCAGCAUGAGACUGUCAGCCACUCUCUGGGGUAGAAAAUGUUUUUCUUCUGGGAUUAACUUGUCUUUAGUGUAUAUGAACAUUCUAGCCACCAGUUAAAUCAUAUACAAUUCAUAGAUUGCUAAAACUGAACAUUCUAACAGCUGUAACAAUGUUUCAUUUUAUUUAAAAUAUUAAAAAGUUUCACAUGCACUGAAUUCCAUCAAUGCACUUUAAUUUCUGGAAAAUAAUAAGCUUUGUUAAUAAAUAACGCAUACUAGAACAUUAAGCAGUGCUCUGGUUCACCUGGAAUGUCACUGUACCCUCAUUUUCUUUUUUAGACUAAAGUACUACUAAUAAAGAGCAGCAGUUUUUAAAGCC